CUCCCACCCCCACAAGCCAAUUCUUUUGUCAAUGAAAGCUGCCAACAAACAGCUCGCAAUUGCCUUUAAUUCAUGUCAAAAGAUUGAGGGGAAUCAGCUGGCCGAGACGUUGUACAACUCGCUUCCGACCGCUUUCUUUAUUUGUUAUUUAAUCGUUAACCUUGUGUUUUAAUUCAAUUAUUCCCUUCAAAGUCAUCUGAAUGAGCUGAUAUGUCGUACUAUCACAAGUUCGCCACAGAAACAACAAUUAACAUUCCGAAGUAUGUGGAAACCAACGGCGUGAUUUUCUAUGAUAUAAACGUUAAAGUGAAGGAUGUGGAGUGGUGGGUGCAAAGGCGAUAUCGUGACUUCGAUGAGUUGCACGAUAAAUUGGUUAGCGAGCAAAGUGUGUCGAAGAAACUGCUUCCACCGAAAAAGAUGAUCGGCAACAAGAACCCGUCCUUCAUUGACCAACGUCGAAGGGACCUCGAGGAGUACUUGCAGCAUCUCUUGGGGUUCCUCCGCAUCGCCAUGCCCCGACCCUUCGCAGAAUUCCUCGAGUUGAACAAAUACGACAUAAACUUUUUACUGCAAGAUCUCGCCAAGUAUUUCUGUGAGUGUGGAAACGCACUGAUGUGCGUAAGCCCCGAGUACAGUUUUACAUGUCUCGAUCUGUACUCGAUAAGCGAACGAAUGGGUCUCCCUUGUCCAUUCGAAGACAUUCCGGACAGUUUCGACUUUUCACAUGUGCUAGACUUCUGUUGUCAACUGGAAAUAAUUUCCAUUACGCCCACUAAAGCAUCCUACGAGGCAGGGAGUGAUUACAACUCUAUCGAUGUUCCAAUUGGCCGCAGCAACAUCAUCCCGAAAAACCUAACUUUUCACCUCAAUGCAUUCCGUAAUCUCAAACAAAUGAAGGUUUAUGGCAUUUCAACCGAAAACUUUUCAGAAAUUACCUUCCUGAAAACAACCCUUACAACACUCUACGUACACAAUACAACUAUCACGAAAAUAAACCAAGUGAUCUUGUGUGAUAACAUCCACAAGAACGAGGACAUUGAACAGGUUUCGAAAUGGGAUGUCCUUGGCUAUUUGAACGUUUCCGGAAAUCUACUAACGUCAUUUGACCAAAGCAUCAAACUAGCACCCAAACUCCACACACUCAUUGCAGACCAGAAUCGCUUGAAAUCCAUAAAAUAUCUCAACCACUUGCCACAACUAAGGACAUUGAGUCUAUGCGAAAAUCUGAUCACAGAUUGCACAGAUUGGCACACAGAACUCGGAAACUUAGUCUCACUGAAUCUGUCCCAGAAUAAAAUCAGGUCCUUAGUUGGAUUGAGAAAAAUGUACUCAUUAGUAAGCUUAGAUUUGAGCUGCAACCAAAUUGAUGACAUCGAUGAAGUGGACCACAUAGGCCGACUACCACUGUUGGAGCAGUUACGUCUGACGGGCAACCCAUUGUCAGGUACAGUAGACUAUCGACCGCGUGUCUUUGCGCGAUUCAAUGAACGAGCCCCCGAUGUUUACCUAGACAAUGAGAAGGGAACACCCAGAGAAUUGGAUACAGCACUUGUCCUCUCAGCGUUGAGGAAAUCAUCCAGUAGUCAAGGAUCAUCUAACGGAGUAAACAGAUAGCUUUUAGAGCAAUUGUUGUAUUUGUUUAAUUUUAUUAUGAUCACGUGAAAUAAUAAGAAGUAAUUGAUGGUUUCGGAACGACAUCUAACUGAAAGGUAUUGCUAACAAUCCGACCAGAAAGUA